AUGCCUCCCUCUGAGUUCCUGGACAAACUGAUGGGGAAGGUGUCCGGGUACGACGCCCGCAUCCGGCCCAACUUCAAAGGUAAGUUCACCUGCAUCGAGGCCCGCUUUCACCUGGAGCGUCAGAUGGGCUACUACCUGAUUCAGAUGUACAUCCCCUCGCUGCUUAUCGUCAUCCUGUCCUGGGUGUCCUUCUGGAUCAACAUGGAUGCCGCUCCUGCCCGAGUGGGCCUGGGCAUCACCACCGUGCUCACCAUGACCACCCAGAGCUCGGGGUCCCGCGCCUCGCUGCCCAAGGUGUCGUACGUCAAAGCCAUUGACAUCUGGAUGGCAGUGUGCUUGCUGUUCGUCUUCUCGGCGCUACUGGAAUACGCUGCGGUGAACUUCAUCGCCCGGCAACACAAGGAGCUGCUCCGCUUCAGGAGACGACGACGACACAUGAAGGAGGACGAAACUGGAGAGGGACGGUUCAGCUUCGCCGGCUACGGCAUGGGCCCCGCCUGCCUGCAGACCAAGGACGGCAUGGCCAUCAAGGGCAACAACAACAACGCGCCCGCGACGGGCGCGGCCGGCGGCGGUGGCGGCGGCGGCGGCGGGGGCGGGCCGCCCGAGAAGACGGUGGAAGAGAUGAAGAAGCUGUUUGUGAGCCGCGCCAAGCGCAUCGACACGGUGUCGCGCGUGGCCUUCCCCCUCGUCUUCCUCAUCUUCAACAUCUUCUACUGGAUCAUCUACAAGAUCAUCCGCAGAGGAUGAGGGUGUGCAAAGGGCGCUACGGCUUGGCGGGCUACGGCGUUGGGCAGCCCCGCCUGUCCCGCGGACUGAGGCUGGCAUGGCCUUUCGAGGGCAGCAGCUUUCUCUCGCCUGGUUUCAGUUUCUCUUUCAAGCCACCUCAGACUUCCUCCCCGCUCCUGCAGUGCAGCUCUGCUUCUUUUGCUUUGCGAACCAAAGACUCGUUUAUUUUGUUGUGGUUCUGAUUUUAAAUGUCAUUGCCUUUCCCGCUCUCGCCCCCCCGCCCCCCGGUGUCAUAUGGCUGCCGUACCGACCUAAUGGUGAUGUUGAUCUUCCACCACUAGUCUGUCUCCUUCCACAGCUUCAUGGAUCACGUGCAGCCCGUUCACUGUUGCGAGGUGGUGAUAAGUUACGUUAUAAGUUAUAUUAGUAACUGAAGGUUCCUCUUUUAUUUUGAGUUUUUUUUAAUGGGACAACAGAUUGUGGUUGGGAAAAGAGUUGAACAAAGUCAUGUCAUUGUUAAUAUGUGAAAUUAGUAUUCUGUUUCCAACGUAUAGGGGUGUUAUUUUUCUUUCAUCCUUUUCAUUUGUUAUUUUUCUAAUUUGUUAAGUUGUGCUGAUUUGCUAGAAAAAAUCUUUUUUAUUUGCAUAUAAAAAAACACAAUUAAGACUAUUUAUAGCUGUAUGAACUAGUGCUCAAUAACACUCCUUGGGUGGAACGAGAAAGAAAUCUUAUAUAUAUAUAUAUAUAUAUA